GUAUUCAAACCAUUGAUUCUACCCAGGCAUUGUUCCUGCCGAUCGGAGCGUCUGUGUCUCUCCUAGUUAUGUUCUUCUUCUUUGAUUCAGUUCAAGUUGUCUUUACAAUAUGCACAGCAGUCCUUGCAACAAUAGCUUUCGCCUUCCUUCUGCUCCCGAUGUGCCAGUACUUAACACGGCCUUGUUCACCUCAAAACAAGAUUUCCUUUGGCUGCUGCGGGCGUUUCACUGCUGCUGAGUUGCUCUCAUUUUCUCUGUCUGUGAUGCUUGUCCUUAUCUGGGUCCUAACUGGCCACUGGCUCCUUAUGGAUGCUCUGGCUAUGGGCCUGUGUGUUGCAAUGAUAGCCUUUGUUCGGUUGCCGAGCCUGAAGGUUUCCUGCUUGCUACUUUCUGGGUUACUAAUUUAUGAUGUCUUUUGGGUCUUUUUUUCUGCCUACAUCUUUAACAGCAAUGUUAUGGUGAAAGUGGCCACACAACCAGCUGAUAAUCCCCUUGAUGUUUUAUCCCGGAAACUUCACCUGGGACCAAAUGUGGGUAGAGAUGUUCCCCGUCUGUCGCUGCCUGGUAAACUUGUAUUUCCAAGUUCCACAGGCAGCCACUUCUCUAUGCUGGGGAUUGGAGAUAUUGUGAUGCCAGGUCUUCUGCUCUGCUUUGUCCUGCGUUACGAUAACUACAAAAAGCAAGCCAACAGCGAUUCCUGUGGCGCCCCAGGACCAGGGAACAUCUCUGGACGUAUGCAGAAGGUCUCUUACUUUCACUGCACACUUAUUGGAUAUUUCGUAGGUCUAUUAACUGCAACAGUAGCUUCUCGUAUUCACCGGGCAGCCCAGCCUGCCCUGCUCUAUUUGGUACCGUUUACUUUAUUGCCGCUCCUCACCAUGGCCUAUUUAAAGGGCGAUCUACGUCGCAUGUGGUCUGAGCCUUUCCACUCCAAGUCCAGCAGCUCCCGUUUCCUGGAAGUAUGAUGGAACAGAUAGAAAGUGACCUGAACUUCUGCCUUUGUCCUUUUCACUUUAACUUGUGGCUUUGUCAUCUCCUAAAGCUGGACUGGCUGGUACUUGGGAAGGUACCAAUUACGGGACUUGUUUGAAAGGACUUUGUAUUAAAAGGAGGAAAAGAAAAAAAAACCCUGAGAUCUUGGAGCUCCGCGUGACUCUCUAUCUCCCUGCAGAUGUGGAAUUAGGGACCCUUUGUGCAGCUGCAGCCACUUUUCCUCUUUUCCUCGCUCGGAUGGAUUAGUACCAGACUAUUACCUUUGUGAGAGAGGAGGAGACAGACUUGGAACUGAAAACGGCUUGAGGUCGUUCAAAAACUUGUGAACACUAAAAGAAAAAACGGUUAAGCAAACUAAACCUUCUUCAGAGAACCCCUCGUGUACAUUGGGACCAGUUUCCUGCUGGACUUCGGUUUUGAAAAGAACUGAGACAGAAAGUCUUCUGUCACAAUAUUGGUUUUUGGUUGGUUUUUUUUUUGAUUUAUUAAAUAUUUCCUGUGGUGUGAGGUUACUUAUUAA